UCCGUCCAAGUCUGUGUGUGAAAAGCAACUGCGUUUCACAGGACAGUACCUGGAGAUUGCAGUCCCUGUACUCCACUGAGGGCAGCAGUGAAGUUUUCUGAAAUCUUUGCUUUUAAGACCCGAACAGCAGCUUUGUGUGUUGUGAGGAAGUUUGCAGUGAUCCUUGUGAGCCUUGCUUUUAAGCUGUGUUAAAUUUGUGGCGAGAGUGUCAGGCAUUUCAUACUUGGCUUCCAAAAAAGAAAAAAAAAAAGAAAGAAACGAGAGAGAGAGAGAGAGAAAACGACAUGUGCGGGGAAGAAAUCUCCUAGGAAUUUCUUCAAGGUUGUAUUCAGACACUCUGGACUGACAAGAAAAGCAGGCAAAGAUAAAGCUUCGUGCUGUGAUAAGAUGUCUGAGUGUAAAGCAGGAGAUCACAGAGACUAUUUGGGAUUACCUAUGUUCAUCUCACCCUGGAUAUGACUGCAGACAAGCUAGCUCUUCUCGAAUGACAGUUUAAAAAACUCAGGACUAUGUUUCUCUUCCCUGUUGCUUUCUUGCCAGUGUUUUUUACCACUGGCUUUGCCAGCCCUUCAGCUCUGCAGCACUGGAACUGUCCUAAUGGAUACAGAUUAAAAAGUGAAAGCUCUGCCUGUGUAGAUAUUGAUGAAUGCCUUGAAGGUGGUCUGGGAACCUGUGGCCAAACCUGUACAAACGUGCCGGGGUCCUACUUCUGCUCCUGCUUGCCUGGCUACACCUUGGAUAUCGACAAACGGUCUUGCUAUGUGAAUGACCCUGCACCAUUCCUACUUUUUCACCAUGGAAGUGCCAUCUACAGAAUUGACACUGAAGGGACCAAUCAUGAAAGAUUGGUGGAUGAUGCUGGUCCAUCAGGACUUAUGGAUUUUCAUUAUACAGAAGAGAAAGUGUACUGGGUAGAUUCAGAAAAGCGACUUCUGCAAAGAAUUCACCUGAAUGGCACAAAAAGAGAGAGAUUAUGUUAUAUAGACAAAGGCAUUUCAGGAUUUGCUAUUGACUGGAUAAAUCAGGACAUUCUCUGGGCCAAUAGACAGAAAGCAACCAUAGAAGCAACAGACAUGAAUGGAAAGAAACGCCAAGUUCUUCUAAGAGAUGUUGGUCGUCCCACAAAGAUUGCCAUUGAUGCUGAGCAAAGGAUACUGUUUUGGUCAUCAGAUGGUACGGUUUCAAGCAUAUACCGUGUGUCCCUCAAUGGAAGUGAUGUGAGAAAUAUUUUAAGAACCACAGAAAAAAUAAAGGCCAUCUCACUAGAUUUUGUUGACGUAAGGCUCUACUGGAUCCAGCAUGAUCAUGGGAAUGAGAUUUCCCACAUUGGAUCAUGUGACUAUGAAGGGGGUGCUGUUCAUUUGCUCCGAAGUUCUGGUCGCUAUCAGUUGCUUGGUAUGUCUCUCUUUGCUGACCACCUGUACUAUUCGGAGCUGAAGUCUGGUACAAUACGGACAGCCAACAAGUAUACUGGAAAGGUUGUAGUCACUAUUAGCCUGAAACCAUCACUUUUUCCACCCAUGGAGAUAAAAGUAGUGCAUCCAUUUAAACAGCCUGGUGCAAGAACAGAUCUUCAAGAGUUUGAAAAAGGAAUCUGUGAUUUGAACAAAGAAAAGUGCAGAAGAAGAAUCUGCAGGCUGGACUCAAGGACUCAUCGGUGUAAAUGUUCUAGUGGCUUUAUUUUAAGUCGAAAUAAACAGUUCUGUGAAGAUAUCAAUGAAUGUGGCUUCUGGAAUCAUGGCUGUACUCUGGGGUGUGUGAACAUCCCUGGUUCCUAUUAUUGCACCUGCCCAAGAGGUUUUGUUCUGCUGCCUGAUAGGAAAACAUGUCAUGAACUAAUUUCCUGUUUAAAUAACGACACUGAAUGCAGCCAUGGUUGCCUUCAGACAUCUAAAGGGCCUGUUUGCUUUUGUCCUGAAGGAUCUGUACUCAAAGAGGAUGGCAAAGCAUGCACGGGUUGCACGUCUCCAGAUAAUGGUGGCUGUAGCCAGAUAUGUUCUUCUUUAAGCCCAUUCUCCUGGGAGUGUGCUUGCUUUCCUGGAUAUAAGCUUCAACGAGACAGAAAGCACUGCACUGCUAUAGGCCCUCGGCCAUUUCUGUUGUUUGCAAACAGCCAAGAUAUCCGCCGGAUCAGUUUUGAUGGAACAGAUUAUGCAAGUUUACUUGACAGGCAGAUGGGAGUAGUCUUAGCACUGGAUUCUGACCCAGUGGAAAAUAAGAUUUACUUUGCCCACAACGCCUUGAAGUGGAUAGAACGAGCUAAUCUGGAUGGCUCAAAUCGUGAAAAAAUUAUUCAUGGAGCUAUAGAUAUACCCGAAGGCCUUGCUGUGGACUGGAUUAACCGUAAAUUGUAUUGGACAGAUCGAGGGAAGGCAUGCAUUGAAAGGAGUAAUUUGAAUGGAAUGCAAAGAAAAAUGAUCAUCUGGGAGGAUAUCUCUCAGCCCCGAGGGAUUGCCAUUCACCCAUUUGUGAGGAGAUUAUUCUGGACUGAAAUGGGCAUCCACCCCCAGAUUGCCAGCUCUUCGUUAGAAGGCGUAGAUCGUCGGGUUAUAGCCAGCAUAGGUCUCGUGCAUCCCAGUGGAAUAGCUCUUGACUACUUAGCCAACAAGCUGUACUGGUGCGAUGCUAAGCAGUCAGUGGUUGAAAGUGCAAAUCUGGAUGGUUCGGGUCGUCGAAUUCUUGCACAGAAUGAUGUAGGUCACCCCUUUGCUGUAGCGGUGUUUGAGGAUCACCUUUGGUUUUCAGACUGGGCUAGGCCAUCACUAAUGAGGGUCGACAAGAAGACCGGGCAAAACAGGGUACGUCUUCGAGGCAGCAUGCUGAGACCCUCAUCAAUGGUUGUAGUUCAUCCUUUGGCGAAACCAGGGACAAAUCCUUGUCUUCAUAUGAAUGGAGGCUGUGAUCAGAUCUGUGAAAACAAUUUUGGAGUUACCCAUUGUACAUGCCACCCAGGAUUUGGGAAAACUCAAGAUGGAAAAACCUGUCAGCCUCUGAAUGCUUCUAAUGUGACAGCAGAAACUAUCUCUAUGCAGAAGGAGGUAGGUCCAGUGCCAACACUAAAGAACCCCCUCCAGAGCACAUGGAGCAAUGCAAUAUUUAAGGGUACAGAAAAUGGAGAAAAGAAGAAAAUUGAAGUUUUUUUGAUGGCUGAAAUCAUGAUAUCAGAUGAAGAUGACUGCGCUGCACUAGAAUGUGAUGCCAAUGCACAGUGUGUUUUGCUGGAAGAUGGUGCUGUGUGCCAGUGUUUGAAAGGAUUUACCAGGAAGGGCAAAUCAUGCUAUGAUGUUGAUGAGUGUGCUGCAAAUAUGGAUCACUGUAAUCGAAACCUGUCGGGCUGUAUCAACACUGAAGGGGGCUAUGUCUGUAAAUGCCUGGAGGGCUACACGGGAGACGGGCUCCAUUGUGAAGAUAUUGAUGAGUGCAAGAUGGGGACCCACACCUGUGGAGAGAACAGAACCUGCAUAAAUACAGAAGGAAACUUCACUUGCUCCUGUUCUGAUGAUGCUUCUGGAACUGCCAUGGGUUGUGAAUCUACUUUGUCUCCUACUGUUGUCAGCAAUGAAUACUCUACACACCCUGUGCCAGGUGACUCUGUAGGAUGCCCCCCCUCCUAUGAUUCAUACUGCCUCCAUGGGGGAGUGUGCAAUUAUGUUUCCGACCUACAAGACUAUGCCUGCAACUGUGUGACAGGCUACGUUGGGGAGCGGUGCCAGUUCAGCGACCUGGAGUGGUGGGAGCAGCAGCAAGCCGAGCGGGUGAAGGUGCGGAACAUCACCAUCGCCGUGUGCAUAGUGGUGCUGCUACUGCUACUGGGGUCACUGGCCACCUACUGCUCCAGAAGUCAAAACUUUUAUAAGAAGAACCGUAAUGCAGAAGCGAUAAGAGAUGCCAGUAGCUGCACUGACAAUGAGAACGUGACACCUACUUGCAACAAGUCUCGGUUUGCAGUUGUCAAGGAGUGUAGCAGUUCUCUGGAGACUAAAGCGGUUGAUCUAAUUGAGUGUGAGACAGGAGACCCUCAUCCGGCCUGUCCUUCGCAAUAUGUGGAACAGCCUAUAGCUUAUGACAAAGUGGCAGAGACUUUGGUGGAAGAGAAGAAAGAGCGAGGCUGCCCAGAAGAUGUUCCCAGCACAGACAAAUUUCUUGAACUCACAGUAGAAGAGAAGAGCCUUUCCCAGGCUGUCUGGAGAGCCCACCCCAAGCCCUGCCAGCCUGCCCCAGCCAGCCUGCUGAUGCAGCCGGACUAGAAGAAGUCUGAGUUGAGUGAAAAAAAGAGGAAACAAUUGGAAAAUGGAAACUUAGGAAACACUGAAACAGACUUCAUUUUUUUUUGUUUUUUUUUUCUGUGUACUAGAAAACCGACCAACCAACAAUGGCACAAAUAAAAAUGGAACAGAGAAGUUGUUACCAGUCCUUCCCUGUUGUCUCUACUUGGAAGAAUUACUGUGAGCAAUUCAUUAGCAACAGAUACUCUACAAGUAUCACUUUUAGGGUCAACACUGCAAAUUUCAUUGAAUUGGCAGCUCAAAGGACACUGAGAGAAAAAAGACUAGUGGGUGGUUUCUUAGAGAUGAAAAUUUUGUAAUGGAGAUUCAUGCAAGAAAUAGUCUUUACGUGCACAAAGAAUCCAGAAAAUUGCCUACAUAGUGGGCCACAAGGACAAUGGUGAAGAAACUGGGAUUGAAGAUGAUGCAGGAAAAUGAGAUAAAAUGAAUCUUUUUUGUUAAAAUUUUGUUCAUGGACGCUAUAACUCUCUCCCCAAAGCUGCUUUCAAACCAGUGUAACUUCUGGGACUUCACUGGAGCUCUUGUUGUAAUAACUGAUACCAAAUGUGGUUCUAUGUUUCUCAGAUUUGGUGGCUUGGAGGAAUGUUUGUGUGUGUAUGGUGUUAGUGAUGGCCUCAUCUCUAAAGUGAGAUGAAACAUUUGAGGAAAAAGUGAUUCUUCCAUUAAAUUUCUGUGACUGGCAGCAAAAUCUGCACUGUUAUACAGGACUUCAUGUCCAUGUAUGUUUCGUGUUGGAAAAAAUGUCCAGCCAGUUUAUGCACCAAAAGAAUAUAAGUGAGACAAACAAACAGUUUGCCCCCUCAGUUUGGAUUGAUAUCCACAUAGGUGAUUUGUGCUGCCUCAUAAAAUCCAUGUGAUCAAUUGGAAAACAAUACCUGUUUUUCUUGUAACUGGCUUUCUAACAGCUACAGCUCUCUUCCAAUUAUUUGCUAAGAACAACUAACUUGCUUAUAAUGCUCUGUCAUAUACUGAGUUGUAGCUUAGUUGUUCAUCAUCUCAUCUGAUUUUUACCAUUAAUCAUGAAUUCCUAAGGCUUUUUUCAGAAUGUUUGGGAAGAUAACUGGAAAUUAGCUAUGUUACUAAUGACUUGAAAUCUGCUGCUAUAAUUACUGAACACCUCCUCUAAGCUCCACUACAGUGGUCAUCAGUAGUGUUCCUCAUAAUUCAUGAGCUAUAUACCAGUGGUUAAUAUUAUUCAUUUUCAUAUUUAACAUCCUCUUUUUUAUUUUUUGAAGCUCCAAUAUGAAGUUAUGAUGUCUUGUCAUUUGGUUACCAACUCUGUAGACCAGUGAUAGAAAAGAGUAUUGAAAGGCUCUUGUCUGUUGCCCAAAAUAGCUGCACUCUUGAGUAACUCUGUGAAGUUGCUUCUGAUUUAUGUAAACAGUAAGAACAUUGAGCCCAAGAUGUCUAAACUACGAAAAUUGUAAGGUUCUGUUUUGUAGACAGUUUUCACUUGCUGAUUUAUCCUUCCAGUGUGAUUUUUUGGUGGAUAGUUUUGAAUUAAUGAGUCAGUUCUGAAUUCAGAAUAAACUUGUAAAACAGAUCUUUCCAAAGCAUGGUUGGAAUUAGCAGCAAUGAAGGCACAUUCUCUUGUAUGAAUGGAGACAGAAGUGCUUACAUGGAAAAUGUGUCUAAGGAGGGUUGGCCCACAGAAUUGUAUUAAGGCAAGGGGAACCGCUAGGCUGAACCAUUAGUAUACAGUAGAUUGGAUUUUAAUUCAAGUUUAGUUUAAUUUCAUUAACAUGAUAAAAAAGCAUCUAGGUUGGGUUCUCCGGUAUUUCACAAUUCAUUAGCAAUCUUAUAUAUGUUGCUGGGAAGAGAGUCCAGCUAUAAAGGCAAAGUAGUUUAUUUUAAUGAGAUCUGCACAGUAAAAUGACUUUUAUCCUUGCACGUUGUUUACCUCUGGUGAAAUAUGUUUCUGUGCUUAAAAUCCAAGUGCUAUGUUGAAUGACAGUCAACAUUUAGUUGGAUGUUUCCCUGAUCAAAGGAAAUAAAGACUUGUAACUUUGAAUCUUGUCUAAACAAAAAUAUUUUAGACUCCUUACAAAUUAGUUUCAUAUUCUAUUCUAUUCCAUGUUUUGUUUACUUUGCCUCCCUUCAGUCUGAGGAUCUAAUUUUGAAUUUGAUAGUUUAGAGAAUGAGAUAGGAAACUCAGAACAAUAUGUUUUUAUAUUUAGAGUGUUACAAGUUCUAAAUGUUUCUUACACUCAGCAGAAAACUCAAAAUAAUCCUAAAUGAUAAAACCUUGGGAUGGUAUUUCAACAUAAAUAUAAUAUAUUUGGAUUAUUUGUAUGUUUAUAAAGCUGUUGAUUUAUAAAAAGAAUA